GCUCUUAAGGUGAGAGGAAAGAGAGCACCACAAAUUCUGCUCUCCUUGCAACUUUUUCUUCACAAGAACAAGGAGCAUUCUGAUUUCUGCAACCGCGAAAAGAGAGUAAGAGAUGGUGUGGCAACAGCGCAUAUGGGGGGCCGUGCCCUUCACUGCCAUGGCAAUCGUUGAGUGUGCAGAAGUUGGCGUAUCAACAAUAAGCAAAGUUGCCAUGGCGGAAGGGAUGAGCCACUUUGUCUUCAUUGUCUACUACAAUGCUCUUGGUACCCUCUUGCUUCUCCCAUUCUUCAUCUACCGAAGAAACAAGCGACCACCCUUGACUUUCAGGCUCAUUUGCCAAUUCUUUCUCCUCGGCCUAAUAGGGAGCUCAGGGAAAAUUCUGUUUUUCGCCGGUGUCAAAAACAGUUCGGCUAUUCUUGCGGCAGCAAUGGCGAAUCUCACCCCAAUUUUCACUUUCUUGCUUGCCAUAAUUUUCAGGAUGGAAAAGCUAGACUUGAGAAAAGCAACCGGUUAUGCCAAAUCCUUGGGCGCCAUUAUAGCAGUGGGAGGGGCAUUGAUAGUGACCCUCUACGACGGCCCUGCUCUUUUGAAUUCUUCCUUGUCUUCCUUCUUGAAUCACUCGACUCAUAGAUCUUUCGUCUCACAGUCAUCAACCUGGAUAUUUGGAGGUAUGCUACUUGCAAUCCAAUGCCUCGUAGCUUCGACAUGGAACAUCGCUCAGGCAGCCACUGUGAAGGAUUACCCGGAAGAAAUGACCAUAGUCUUCUUCUACACCAUGUUUCUGACAAUUCAAUGCACAGUUAUCUCUCUAAUUGUGGAAAGGAAUAAUCUGAGUGCUUGGAAAAUGGAGCUUCCCAUUGAGAUAAUCGGCAUUUUGUAUGCGGCAAUCUGUGUGAGUGUGUUUCGCAUCAGUGUUCAUGUCUGGUGCUUGCACAAGAAGGGGCCUGUUUAUGUAGCCAUGUUUAAGCCCUUAGGAAUCGCCAUUGCAGCAGUCGUGGUGGUUGUUUUCCUUGGCAACACCUUUUAUCUUGGCAGUUUGAUUGGAUCUAUUGUGAUCUCGCUGGGAUUUUAUACCGUGACAUAUGCACAACUAAAGGAGAAAGUGAUGGAGGUUGAUAAUGCAGUUCAACGAUCAGAACCGUCGACCCAAACGACUCCGCUGUUGCGAAGCAGUAUCAGUAAUGAAGUAUGAAAUAGCAAUACCCGGAAAUUGGAGUUUCAGAAAAGAAACUUAGAAGAAUGUGUAAUAGGUAAUGCCAAGAUUUUAUUGGCAUAAAAUGUGAGGCAUGCCAAAUUCGGAUUUGUAUUGCAACAUUUAUUCGAAAUUUAGUUUAAAUUAUGUAAACAAAAAACUCUUCCCA